UCCACAGUAUUAAUGUAUCUUUUUUUGUUUGUAAUUUUAUUUUGGCAAAUAGCAUUGGCAACGUACAAGGCGAGUUCCAGAGCGCUUUGUUUGUGUUUUCUUCCACACAUGUGCUGCCUCUGCUCUAACAAGUGACCCCAUUCCUCCUUCCCUUUAUUUUUGGGCUUGGUGUAGCUCCUGGGUGUGUCCCUGCUUCAACUCGACUUUCGUGGGAACUUUCUUGUCAUUGGCCAACUCAUAGAUCAGCUACUUGAGGCAUGGCAGUUUCGGCAAAAGCACACACACACACACACACACACUCCAUGCGCCGCUCAUGCGCAGCCUUACAGGCCCAUGUGUUGCAGCAUAUCGUGGAGCCUCACCGGGCUCUGUUACCGCGAAAAAAAAAAAAAAAAAAGGCGAACACGUACCUCGUCGUUUCUUUGCGUUCUUUGCUCAGAAAUACGCAGGAUUGGGCUUGUGCGUUUUGGGGUAUAAAAAUGGCCGCCCCCCGGGGGUGAGUAGAGGGCAUGAACCAGAGGAUAAGUCUCUGCUUCUGAGAGGCGAAGGUGCCAUAAAAAUUCCAGAAGGGAGAGAAAGGGGAGAGGAAAAAAAAAAGAGAAGCCAAACGGGUGAGCUCUGGCCGACGCAUGCAUGUCCAGCUUUGCAGAGGCUUCGUGACCUCAUUCCUGGUUCUCGUCUUAUUUGCUAUUAUAAACCCUGAAGCGCAUCUAUCCAGGUUGCGAGACGUAAAGCUGAAUAAAAAGGCUUUGAAUGGAUAAAAAAACAAACACAAGGGAAAGAAUAUAAACUCUAGGAGUGUUUAACUUUUCCCUCCCCAAUGAUCAUUCUUCUGGUCUUUGUGUUCCGAAAAACGUAGAAUUGUAACCAUGUCUGUUCAACGUCGAAUAAAGAUCAAAUUAUGCUGCAUUUGUCAAGCAAUGGCCCACGGAUUCCCUCGUUUUCUGCCUAUUAUUAGUUUAUUUUGUAUUUUUCUUCGUGUUAAUUUUUUUAGCUAUUUCGGGAAAACGUUCUUCAUAUGAACCUAUACAUUACUUAAAAAAAAAACAAAACAUUUAUGCAUUUAUUUCCCAACAUUUUCACCCCCAUCUCGUUGUUUCUUCGAGCUUGAUAACAAAACUCGGCUCCCUUUUAGUUUCCCAUAAAGGAAAAACCAAAUUCUCUUAUCCGCCUUAUAGAUGACAUCUCACUCACACAGAAGUGUAACUUCGCUGGAGGACGGAGUGUUUAAAAGUCAGAAUGACGGAAGAGUCGCCUCUAAAUAAGACCAAAAAAAAGGUCGUAAUAUGAGCGUGUGUGGUGGGGAAAAAAAACACGCAAUAGCCAUCUCUUCUAAAGCGUCUGCUGUUUGGAGUCGUCCCAUUUAAACCUGCUUGUAAGCUGUAUUUCUGUGCUCAUAUAAAGCCUGUGUGUGGGGGUAUUAAUUUUGCCAAAGUGGCACUAACAGCAGGCUCUGAACGGCAGGCUCUGUUGCGUUAUUUGAUCAUGUGUGUGUGUGUGUGUGUGUGUGAUGUCUCGAGCUUCAAUCUCUUCUCCCAACAUUUAUUCAUCAGUACGUUCUCCCAUGAAGUCGUUCGGUUAUUUUAUGAGUAAAGAAAAAGUGCGAAAGAGUGGCGGGCCGUGCUCCGAAUGGGCUUUUAUUCUAUUAAAGCGAGCCUAUUUACAGCCAUCUCCCGGCACAACGUGCAUAACAGAUUCUGAUCGAAUUAUUCCUGUAUGCUAUCUCUGGAGAGAUUGCACUCUCAGCGUGUCACUUGUUGUAUUGUUUGGGAGACCUCUUUCUUUGCCGCAAUGGUCGUUAACCUCCGAAUGACCCCUCCGAGCGUGGAGCCCACGCCUCGAGAAAAAAAAAGCAAAAAAAAAAAAAAAAAAGCGCCGCAGACAGUCAGUGCAACAGUUGCGCCAGAGGAUGGCGCAGCACGACAGUGGAAGAACGCCUCGCCUAGCCGAGAGCGCCUGGCGGGGGGAGGCGCGCACUCCCUCCCAUCCCGCCGGAGUGUUUCCUGCGUGCACGAGUUUACCUCUGGAGGUCACCAGGCAGGAUUUACGACUGGUCAACAAAAGCACGUGAUUCAGCCUCGUACCCCAUAUUUGGUUGCCUACGUAAGAGAGAAUCAAGUCCAUGUCCCACUCUCAUUUCCAUAAUUCAUCAUAAAUUGUGCAAGGGUGCAAUAGGACGCGCUAAAGCAUAAGAGCCACAAAUCAAGGAGCUGCAGGUUUUUGCUGUUUACUUCCCCUAAAAGAAUAAUCCUAAAACAGCAGCAAUACCUGCAGCGGGCAAAAAAAAAAAAGGUGGAACUGUCAACAAAUGAGCUCCUAUUUUGUGAACUCAUUCUGCGGUCGCUAUCCCAAUGGCGCGGACUUUCAGUUACAUAAUUAUGGAGAGCAUAAUGCCGCGAACGAGCCGUACAGGGACUCCACGGCCAUGCAUUCCAGCAGGUACGGCUAUGGCUACAACGGAAUGGACCUGACGGUCGGGCGGACCGGUGGCGGACACUUUGUGGGCAGCGAGCGGACGCCGGGCUACUCCCCGACUCACACAGCUGCCGCAGCAGCAGCAGCAGCAGCGAGUCCUUCCGUGGAACACGUCAGGUACAGCCAGUCCACGGGCGGUAGCCAGAACUCGUCCCUGUCGCCUCCACCUGAGCCCCUGCCGUGCUCCUCCUCCACGGUGGCCAGCUUGUCGCCGAGCGUCGAGACGCAACCCCAACUCAGAGCCGUGAAGAACUCCAUGAGCGGCGCUCAGUGCUCGGGCUCGAACGGAGGAGGCACGCUGUUGCUGGGUCGGGACUGUGCUUCCAAGGCUUCCCCCCUGGAGGAAGAGAAGCCCGCGGGGAGCGCACCGACGACUCCUCAGAGCGGCAGCGAUUCGGCACAGCCUCAGAUAUACCCGUGGAUGAGGAAACUCCACAUAAGUCAUGAUUUGUCCGGACCGGAGGGGAAACGAGCCCGAACCGCUUACACCCGCUACCAGACCCUGGAGCUGGAGAAGGAGUUCCACUUCAACCGGUACCUGACCCGAAGGCGGCGGAUCGAGAUCGCCCACGCCCUCUGCCUCUCCGAGAGACAGAUCAAAAUCUGGUUCCAGAACCGCAGGAUGAAGUGGAAGAAGGACAACAAGCUGAAAAGCAUGAGCAUGGCGGCCGCGGGCGGGGGAGCCUACAGGCCUUGAUAACCACCCACACCUUCAUCCAUAAAUAAAAUGGAAAUGAAAUAAACUAUUGAAAGUGUAAAAAAGCAAAAUAAAAAAUCUCGCAGAGACUUGUUGGAGGGGGGGCUCUGAGCCACCACCCCCACCUUCUGUAAAUGCCCCCAUUAACCUUAUAUUUCCUUUAUAUCAUCGUGUUAAUCAGUAUGCGAGUAAAAAAAAUAUGCAUUCUGUACAGUUCUGUUUAGAUUUAGGACAAAAAAAUCAGCAACAUUUAAAUUAUUUCUUGUUCAGAAGGGGGGGAAAAAAUCAAAAAGCUUGAACUUGUCCAGUAAAGAAAUGAAAGAAGAAGAAAACAAAUCUGUGAUGCACUCCAAACAACAGCCUAAUAAAAAUGAAAUAAAUAGAAGGUUUGUGUUUAGUUCUAUCUGCACAUGUACUGUAUAUGUAUGUAUUUAUUUGUCUCAUGUGUUGUGCCAACUCGUCAGAAAAAAAGACAAAAACAAACAAAACAAAAAAAAUACUCGCAUCCGAUAACCAGCAAAUAAGCGUUUUGUGUGCGUAAUUGUAUCGUGAACACACGUGUAUGGACAGAGGUGCCGCCUCGCCCCUUUGUAUGUACAGUGGUGGUGCCUUGUUUUUUUAAGUUUUCCUUUCUUUUUUUCUUUUUUUUUUUUUUGCAGGAGAUUAUAUUUGACUUGCUCACCUGGGCGCAGCAUAGUUAACAAAAAGACGUGUUUGUCUCUGUUUUUCUCGCUGUUUCUAUGUGGAAGGUCCCCACCUGUAUGACUUCAUCGUGAUGAGCUUUUUUGUUGUUUUUUUUUGUAAAUGUUUUACAAAGACUGGAAAAGGGGGAAAAUAUGCUUACAAUAAUCAGAAGAAUGAUAUUGACGCUCAUGUUGAUGAUGGCUGUCGUGGCCGUGAUAAUAAACUUUUUACUGGAACGGCAACUUCAGUGAGUUUCUUUUGCUCGGGCCCGCUUACUGAAUUACUUUCCCCCACCAAGAACUGGACACGGAUAGGGUUGGCUAGGCCUUUGUCUUUAUUUAGGCCGGAAAAAGAGGAAAAUUCGUUUUUUUAAAGCUAAAGUUCACAUCCAUAUUUAGCAGACGUUGUAAAAGGUUAUCAAAUCCAGCCCGCAUCGUGAUAAAGGUUCUUAUCUCCCCUUGGCACCUUUUAAUAUUCCCCAGAAUUUAAGCUAGUGGUGGAGAUUUUUAACCGCAUUCAGCCAUAAACAUUUUUUCACUUUUGAAAUGUUCAACCUCUUUCAGAUGUCUUUACAGACGUCUUUGGGUAAAAAAAAAA